UCACGUGACCACCGUAUCAAUAACAAGCAACAUGGCGGCUGCCGGACAUACAAACACCUCGACAGCGCUCUCCUAGAUACUCAAAGACGCCUUCUAAAUAUGCAUUUCUCCAUACCAGACACAGUAGAAGUAAAGGACAGAAGUGGAUCUACUUUUCUGGCCUAUAACAUCCAUAUAAAUGGAGCAUUGCAUUCUGCAGUGAGAUUCUCAGAUCUUUAUCAGUUUAACGAACAGCUGAAAAAAGAGUAUGGAAAUAGGAUCACUGCCCGGUUCCCACCUCGCAAGAUUUUAUCCUUGACGGCUGUGCAGGUCGAGGAGCGGCGAGACCAGCUUGAGAAAUACCUCCAAGGCAUCUGCCAAGACCCUGAUGUCGCCAACAGCUCUACCUUUACGGACUUCCUCCGCAACUGCCAGAAGGAAACCUUGCAAGCUCUUUCAGAGACAGUUACUCUGGAUGUUUACUUGAUGAAUGGGUCAAAGGUCUCACUGAAGGUCUUAUCGACUGACAGCACAGAUGAUGUCUUAGAGGCUGCAAUGCGUGAGAUUAAGCUCAGUGAAGAGCUCUUCCAUUAUUUUGCACUUUUUUUAAUCAAAAGAGAAGAGGAUGGGGAAGCGACAAUUCAAAGAAAGUUGCAGGAGUUUGAGUGUCCCUACCUCAGCGUUAAGAAUUUGAAGGGAACUCACCGGAUCGCUGUCAGGAAAAAUUUCUGGGAUUCCAAGUUAGAAGAUAGGAUAAUCGAGGACAAGAUCGGUAUGAACUUAUUGUAUGUCCAAGCCAUCAGUGAUAUAGAGAGAGGCUGGGUGGUGGGGCCCAAAGAAGCCUACUCCCGACUUGAAGAACUCAAAGAAACUGGCUCAAAGAAAGAGUACCUGCGAUUAGCCAGGAUGAUGAAGUACUAUGGGUUCAUCCAGUUCAAGCCAUGUUUUACUAAUUAUCCAACUGACAACACCCGUGUACUUAUCAGCUGCGGUGACAGAGAAUUAAACUUUAGGUUACAAACAGAAGAUAAUAAGAUCCAAGAAGGAAGUUUCAAAGUGACUCGCAUGAGAUGCUGGAGAAUUACCUCCUCUCAAACUACGACUGAUGAGGGGAAAAAAGAAGAGUCAUUAGAGCUGGCAUUUGAGUACCUACUUACCAGAGAUUGUCUACAAUGGAUAACUGUAUACAGCGGUCAGGCAAUUCUGAUGAGCCUUUGUCUUCAGAGCAUAGUUGAUGAAAUAAUCCGACUGAAGCAAAACAAAAGUUUAAAAGCUCCAAGGCACAAAGAAAGAACCAAUGGGAAUUUCCAAAGGUGCAACUCAGUAUCUUCAACUGCUUCCAAUGAGGCGGAUGAGGAAGCCCCUCCUUCAAGCUCAAAACCAGCAGCUCCUACCCUCUCUGCCCCCACAUUCGAGUCUGGGGCAAAAAAGAAAAUCCUUAAGCCACAGAACAAAGUCCAAGGCGGUUACGCUCAGGUCCCCCAGAGACAAGCUCCACCAAGCGAUGAUAAUACCAAAACCAACGAAGUCUUCGAAGGCAUCGGAAAUGAUGAUCUCUAGAAUUGCUCUUCAGGAUUUGCUUUCGCAGGAAAGUUGUGUUCUAUCUUUUUUUGGUAAUUGCCCAACCACCCUUUCUCUUAAGUAUUUCAUUGUCCUUUCCGUACUAACAAUACAAGGGGCGUUGCUUAAGUGACCAACUCAUUCUUCCGGGUAUGCAUUGCAAUUCCAAACAAAUUUGGUUUCCGACUAGGCUAAUUUUCAAGAAGAAUUAAAAGGUGGUCAUACUUUCUAUGCUAUGAUUGGAAAUAUUCAGGCCCUUAAUCUCAGUCGAUUGACCCAUGUGACAAUAUGUAUAUUUUUUCAAUUUAAUAACUUUUUAAAAGAUGGGUAGUACUUUUUAAACUUGUUUAAUUUCUGUACGGGGCCAAGGGGAAGUUUUGUCCAUUGCUGGCUCUUAUACUUCGUAGACAGUAUGCAACCUUUUGUUUAAAGAAUAGCUUUGUCUACAUUUAAACUGACCGGCCGCAGUGCAUCAUGCAAAAAGUGAGUUAGUCAAUCAAAAAUUUCACUGGUCUCUUGACAUAUCAUCAUUACACAAAAUUAACUAAACUUUUAUUUGAUAUGUCUAUAAGAUCACUCAAGACAGUGGAUAAACGACAGAGCAAAAAAAAUGGCAAGUUUUUCCAAAAUAAGGUCUGGUUAACUUCGGUAAGCUUAAAUUUUUGCAUAGAGGUUUCUUAUGUUAUGUAAA